AAAACCGGAUUGGCGCCAUUAACAUCGGCAAUUUUGCAGAGGAACUUCCUUCUCCGGUACAGACCCGAAGCUAAGCAGAGACACAAAGUUUGAAAGAGAAGCAGAAGAAAAAGAUGACCGACGUAGUAAUGGUUAUGGAUAUCGACGACGAUGAGAACCAGAAUCAUUUAUCCAAACUAAACAAGGGCAAAAACGUCGUCGUAGAAGCAAGCGCACCGUCACCAGAUACUAGAGCGACUCCUUGGGUUGAGAAGUAUCGCCCUCAGUCACUUGCCGACGUGGCUGCUCAUCGCGACAUUGUCGAUACCAUUGAUAGGCUUACGAGUGAAAAGAGAUUGCCACAUUUGUUACUUUAUGGACCUCCCGGUACUGGAAAAACUUCUACCAUUCUUGCCAUGGCGCGUAAACUCUAUGGAGCUCAAUUCCAUAAUAUGAUACUGGAGCUAAAUGCAUCCGACGAUAGAGGAAUUGAUGUUGUUAGACAGCAAAUUCAAGAUUUUGCUAGCACCCAAAGCUUUUCUUUUGGUGCGAAGUUGUCUGUAAAGUUGGUUUUACUAGAUGAGGCAGAUGCCAUGACAAAAGAUGCACAAUUUGCUUUGCGUAGAGUGAUUGAGAAAUACACUAAGAACACACGUUUUGCGCUUAUCUGUAAUCAUGUGAACAAGAUUAUUCCGGCACUGCAAUCUAGAUGUACUCGAUUUCGAUUUGCUCCUCUUGAUCCCAUACAUGUUGCUGACCGACUGAAACAUGUUAUAGAGUCUGAAGGGCUUGAUGUACCUGCAUCUGGCUUAGCAGCAGUUGUACGGCUUAGCAAUGGUGAUAUGAGGAAGGCUUUGAACAUCUUACAGUCGACACACAUGGCUUCUCAGCAGAUUACAGAAGAAGCCGUGUAUCUGUGCACCGGAAAUCCAUUGCCUAUUGACAUUGAACAAAUAUCUUACUGGCUUCUAAAUGAACCAUUUGCAGAAAGCUUCAAAAGAAUUUCUGAAAUGAGGACAAAGAAAGGAUUGGCACUGGUGGAUAUUAUAAGAGAAGUGACAAUGUUUGUUUUCAAGAUCAAGAUACCAUCAAAUGUUAGAGUUCAGUUGAUAAAUGACAUGGCUGACAUAGAGUACAGAUUGAGUUUUAGUUGCAAUGAUAAGUUGCAACUUGGAUCGCUUAUUUCUUCUUUUACGCAGGCUAGAUCUGCGUUGGUUGCUGCAGCAAAGUAGUUUAAAUAUUCUGCUUUUGCCUGAUGUAUUGCUUCUAAAUUAUUAGAGAAUGAGACAGUUUGCAGUCUGGUUGUGCAGUGAUAAAGUCAUCCGUGUUUACAAAAGUAAAGUUUUGAAGCUAAAACCUUAAGUUAUUGGCUGCUUGAAUUUUCCCCUA